UCAAAUCCACUGCCAAAGACUAUGGAUUCACUGCCCUCUAUAGUUUGAAUCGUAAAUAGCCUUCGCUAGAUUAAGCUAUUUGAAUAGUAURAUAUCUUACUCGCCAUUUACAUGCAAGACCUUGCUUAUGUGAUAUCACUCUAAUCAUUCAUUCGUGCUUASUCGGCUGUUUGGUGUGUUGAAAAAAAGAAUUGAAAAAAAUGGGAGAGUCUGCUAUCGAAAACUCUGAAUAUACAUUGUUAACUGGCCAAGACGACAACGAAAAAGUAAACAAACCAGACGUUGGGGACAAAAAGGACAAAGCUUCGAAUUACAAAUCGUCAAUAUGGCAGUCUGUUAGUAAUCUUGUCAGUGAUAUUGAAGGGACAGGCCUGCUUGCUUUACCGUAUGUCAUACAGAGAGGAGGUCUGGUAGCAAUUGUUGGUUUAGCGAUCGUUCCGUUCAUAUGUUACUACACGGGAAAGAUCCUCAUCGAUUGUCUUUAUGUGAAGGACAGCAACAAUAAGAAAAUUCGCGUCCGAACAAAUUACAAGGACAUGGCAGGAGCAUGCUGGCCUCGAUACGGCGGGCACCUUGUAUUUAUCAUUCAAGUUGUUGAAUUAUUUUUACUUGCAUCAUUAUACCUGGUGUUAUACUCGUUGAACGGUUGUAUCGAAUCUUUGUGUACCAAAUUAAAACGAGCCUCUGGAGGCUAUGGUUAUUGA